AAUCUGGGAAACUAUGGGGAGACUUCAGGAUAUUGGGGGAAGGGGAAGAGAGAGAGGGAGAGAAACCCUGGCGCUUAAAUUGCUGUUUUGCUAUUGCAGUAUCUCCUGAACAUGGCACAUUUAAAUUGUCCUUACCUAGUUUGAGAAAGUGUCAUAUGCACCGGAUGGAAGAUAACGUGUUUGGAGGUUAUCCGCCAGGCAGGUUGUGCUUUUACCAGUCAGUUGGCUGGAGGAAAGUCAUGUAUCCUUGGAGGGAGGAGUGGGUCAGUGGCAGCUCCCCUUAGAUUUGCUUUUGUGGUUUAACAAGAAAAAACGUGUUCUCGAUUGUCUCUACAGGGCUGUCUGCUUGCUUUCUGAAAGAGUGGAAAAGAUAGCAUUCAAAUAGAAAUGGAAAGAAUUGUUAAAAGGUCUUGCUUUUAAGUUGGAAACGGCCUUGUCUAUUCCUAUUAAGAUUAGCCCAGUCUCACUGGCAGGAGUAGCUAUUCCUAAGGUCUCUAAUGGAAGAAGUGUGAGUACAGGAUUCGUCAGACAGGAUUAUCUGGAAUUAUGAUGAUUGGCAGCACUUUUUUGGCAUUGGACAUUGUAGAAGUGCUGCGUAAAUAAAGAAGUUGCCUAAGUUUUGUUGGGAAGGAACCUGUUCUUGUAUUAUAGAAUGUGAACAUACUUUCGUCUUAGCAUCUAACACUAAAUAUUGGGCUGAAACUCGCGUUUCUUUUUUUUCUUUUUCUUCCAGAGAGAAAAAUUGAUAAACUAUAGAAACAGCUUCCUUUAUACAUUUUGAAUCACUAUUUUAAUAAUGAGGAUACCUGCUCUCAAACUGACAGCAGUGGUGGUUCAUGCGAUGUGGUCACAAGUCCACUCAGAGCUAAACCAGUAUCAUAACUGUUGUUUGGCAUGAGCCAAAUAACAAACAGCUUUUGGCUGCUAGUUACUUUCAAUGGCAACUUUUUGGAUUUAAGUAGCACAGUGUAUUGUUUCAGAAGGAUGAGAGUGUGAACUGACCUUAUCAGAGGUUUGUAAAACUGUGCAAGACAGCGUGCUCUCUUUCUUUUUCCGUGUAUGAAAGGAACUCUUGACGUAGUCCAAAAAGAGUUCUUAUCAAUCUGCUGAUGCCUUAUAUUGAAUCUCAUCUUCUAUAAUCAAAUUGCCUAAGGAGUUUUGGUUACCUAUUAUGAUCCUGUAUGUUGUGAAAACCUUGUAUUUUUCUCACUUGCAUUUCAGUAUUUCUGUAACGUUUUAUUUUUUCUACUCAUGUCCCUCAAAAAUGUUGAUUCCCUGAAAAGGGAAUUCCCUGAAAGGGAAUAAUGAAUUUUUAACCAUGGAAAAGUGGUUGCAUUGCAGUUGUGAUAUUGUAUGGUUAUGUUUUAAAUAUUAUAGGAUAUUUAAAUAUUUAUUUUAAUAUUUAAAAUAUUUUAAAAUAUUACAGAAGAUGAUAACAUCCUGCAGCAGUGCAGUACACAUGGCCUAUGAUAUUCAUCUUGUUCCAGAAAAUGGAUUAUAAUGCUCACUGUUGACCUGGGGUGGUCACGAGGAACACUGUUUUUUGGGGGUUUUUUUUCUCUCCUCUUUACUUUGCUUUAGCUUACCUGAUGAGAUUUGAGUUUUAAGUUGUUUCUUUUGCAAAGGAAAUAUUUGUUAUAAGGGAAAAAAACCCUCCAUAAUUGUCUGCGAAAACAGAGGUUUUUUUUGUUUUGCUUGUUUGCUUGUUUGUUUGUUUUAAACAAGCCCUCCAAAGUAUAUAAAAGUAAAAUCUCUACAUUUGGGGUGUGAAUGGCACUUAAAAGGCCUAUUGCAGAGACACCAGAACCAUAGCUGCUCUAACAGUUUGUCCACAUAAAUACUUGGAUAUUUUUGAGAAUGCUCUUUAUGAGUAAAAGUAUUUGUUUUAUAACAGCUUAUUAGGAGCAUACUACAAGACUUUCGCUAAAGUGGUAUUAACUGAGUGCUUUUGAUUUCUUUUUAUACAGAGAAAAAAGAUUGGAAUGAUAUCAGGAUGUACCAGUCAUAGACCCCACUUAGCUAAAUGUCAGAGUGGUCCUGCUGUAAGAGUAGGAGUUGUAUUAAUACAUAGAUUUAAAAAAUAACAUUAGCUGAAGCAAUAGUAUAUUUUUCUGAAGAAGCAUAAAGAAAAAUGAAAAAGUGUUACAUCAUAUUUUUUAAUAUGGAAUGGUAAGCUCUGUGAAGUUCUUGCUCACUCUAUUCAUUUAUUUAUUUUUUAAGAAAGAAUGUCAGCAGCUUUUUAUUUAUGAAGAACCACACGUUAACACCAAUGUGCAUGUGACAUGGAAAGGGAACAGAUAAUGGAAACCAACUUCUGUUUCAACCUUGCGGGAGGCUGCAUGAAGUGGUACAUGUUAAACCAUUACACUGGAGAAAAAUCUGUGUCUUCGCUAUACAGUGGUAUUGCAUUGGGGAGAAAAAGUGCUGCAAGCUAAACACUAUAACAGUAUUAUUUCAUAGACUGCAGUGUAAAGAAGAUUAACUGACAGCUCUACGUGACCAAAAUGGUGGACACUGAAAACCAGCUUUAUCCACUUACUCCAUUGGAGGAGGAUGAUAUAAGCAGCCCUCUAUCUGGAGAGUUCCUACAAGAUAUGGAGAAUAUUCAAGACAUCUCUCAGUCUCUAGGUGAUGAUAGCUCUGGAGCUUUAAGUUUAACAGAGUUCCACUCAUUGGGAAAUGGUCCAGGAUCUGAUGGAUCGGUUAUAACAGACACGCUUUCACCAGCAUCCAGUCCUUCAUCCAUUAAUUUUGCCACAGCUCCAGGUAGCAUAGAUGAAUCACCCAGUGGAGCAUUAAACAUUGAAUGUAGAAUUUGUGGGGAUAAAGCCUCAGGCUACCAUUACGGAGUACAUGCUUGUGAAGGUUGUAAGGGUUUUUUUAGGAGAACAAUUCGAUUAAAACUCAUCUAUGAUAAAUGUGAUCGCAGCUGCAAGAUUCAGAAAAAAAAUCGUAAUAAGUGCCAAUACUGUCGUUUUCAAAAGUGCCUUUCAGUUGGAAUGUCACAUAAUGCAAUACGUUUUGGACGAAUGCCAAGGUCUGAGAAGGCAAAGUUAAAAGCAGAAAUUCUAACAGGUGAAAAUUAUGUAGAAGAUUCAGAAAUGGCAGAUCUUAAAUCACUUGCCAAAAGAAUUCAUGACGCCUACCUGAAAAACUUCAAUAUGAACAAGGUUAAAGCCAGAGUCAUCCUUGCUGGGAAGACUAAUAACAAUCCGCCAUUUGUUAUACAUGAUAUGGAUACCUUGUGUAUGGCAGAGAAGACGCUGGUGGCAAAACUGGUAGCCAAUGGAAUUCAGAAUAAGGAAGCAGAAGUUCGAAUCUUCCAUUGCUGCCAGUGCACCUCUGUAGAGACUGUAACAGAACUUACUGAAUUUGCCAAAUCUAUCCCUGGCUUCUCCAAUCUUGACUUGAAUGAUCAAGUGACACUGUUAAAAUAUGGAGUUUAUGAAGCCAUAUUUGCCAUGUUAGCUUCUGUAAUGAACAAAGAUGGGAUGCUGGUAGCCUAUGGAAACGGUUUUAUAACCCGGGAGUUCCUGAAAAGCCUGAGAAAGCCAUUCUGUGAUAUAAUGGAGCCGAAAUUUGAUUUUGCAAUGAAAUUCAAUGCACUGGAAUUGGAUGAUAGUGAUAUAUCCCUUUUUGUGGCUGCUAUCAUUUGCUGUGGAGAUCGUCCUGGUCUUGUAAAUGUAGGACACAUUGAAAAAAUGCAAGAGAGCAUUGUGCAUGUACUGAAACUUCACUUGCAAACCAACCAUCCUGAUGACAACUUCCUCUUCCCAAAACUUCUUCAAAAAAUGGCUGACCUCCGACAACUUGUGACAGAGCAUGCUCAACUUGUUCAGAUAAUUAAGAAGACUGAAUCUGAUGCACAUUUACACCCUUUACUACAGGAAAUCUACAGGGAUAUGUAUUAAGGAUUUUUAAUAUUUUUUCCACAAUAUUUAAAGACAACAGCAAUAUUAAUAAUAGAUGGGAGCAAAAUUACUUGCACAGUUAUAUGCUGUUCACUCAGUCUGGAGCAUGAAAAAUCUAAAAGCUAGAUAACUGAGUGUUAAACUUCUGGUUUGGGUUCUUCUGUCCUCUUUUGAAAGAAUUCUGCAGAGAAAUAUCAAUCUUAAUGCUCAUGAAGUUGCUCACAAGGAUUCAUUUAUUUGGAAAUUUGAGGAUUGGUAAGGAAUACAUAUUUGUAUAAUAAAUCAGAAUGUUGAUUAACAGAAAUGAACAAAACUAUUUCCUCUUGGUUAAGUCAUUUUAGAAUUAAUAUAACAAAUUCAGCAAAUUUUCUUCAGGUAUAUAUAUGCACAAUCAUAAAGAUUAUGCGCUCGUGGCUAAUGGUAAUUACUGAGAGCUAACUAACACUUUUUCUUAAGGCAGUCAGUCUAUAUGCAUCAGACAGUUGGAUAUUACUGUACAUACACUUCUAAAAAAAUUGAAAGACCUUUCACGUGCUACUGCCUGAGUUCCAUGAAGUACAGGUUCAUGUAUUUUUACAUUGGUAAACUUCAGCAUUAGCAUGUUGAAAAGAUGUUUCUUUUAUGAAAUGAAAUGAAAUCCAAAGAGCUAUCUAAAAUACAGCAGAGGGGCUCCAUUCAGAUGUCUCUUGAUGACUACAUGAAACAAAGUGAUGGAAUCCUUUUUUUUUUUUCUUUUCUUUUCUUUUUUAAACUGUUUUAAGGAAAUAAGAAAAUGUCCCUGUGGAUAAAUAUAUCAUACUGUGUGUAUUCUGGAGAACUUGCAAUAGCUCAAAAUGCAGUUUUGACUUAAAAAUGUCAUUUUGAACUAGCAAGAGUUCUGGAGAGACUCCAAGAAAUCUAAUCCUAGCCCAGAGAAAAUGAAUUCCAACUUCAUAGCAUUCUAGUGCCUAGAAUGAUAGCUUACUCUGAAGAAAUCAUUAUAUAAGAAUGGCACCUUCUUUCUUAACAGUUUUUGCAGUGUAGAGUGAUUCAAACUUUUUUACUUUUCUGACGAGUACACUGUUUUGUAUUGUUUUUUUUUUUCAAUUAUCCACUCAGAUAUAUUUCUUUCUGUUCUUUCUUAUACCUUGUCCAUAGCACUAUUAACCACAUUAUUUCAUCAAAUUUUGUACUUACCCAUACAAACACAAUGGAUAAGGUGACAGUAUUACCAAGAGCAGAAUUUGUAGAUAUCAGUUGUGUAAUAUAUGAAAGAGCACAGUUGAGAGUAAAUAAGUUUAUUGGGUACCUGAGAGGAAACUUUUUGAUUUUACAAUACUACUUGGUCCUGAUGUGGAAUGAGCCAAAAUGGAACAGCUUGACUUUUGCCAUUUAACAGGAUCCUUUGUCAGAGAUUCCUGCACUAAAAGUGAAAGCAAGUGCUAGCCAUUAGUUUAAUUGCAUAUUUGUUCAAGACUCUACUAUUUCUUUCUCUUCAUUUUUCAGUCUGGUAAUUUAAUUUUGUUAUUUGCUUAUCUGCUUAUUUGUUUCAUAACACAAAGAUCUCGGAUGCCAAUCUUAGCAUUUUCACAAUAGUUAAACUUCCAGUGGCACAGGAGGAGACUUUAUACUUGUUUUAUUGUAGCAGGUUUCAGAAUCUGAAACCUUCACUGAAAGAAUUAACAAAAACUGAUAAAGUGAGAACAUCAUACUGUGUUUCUUAUUUUAGUCGCAACAUUUGUUUCUUACAGGCACGCUGGUAAGGCUAGACACUGGAUAAAUUAUAGGCUUAAAAGGAAUUUGAUAUUUAUCUGGUGAUUGCCAUUAGCUGAGGUUUUAAUUACUGCAAUUGUGCAAAAUAGUAAUGUAUAGGCUUCAAAUUUGGUGACUGGCUUGGGCAGGACAGAAAGAAUAAAUGCAUAGGCACAGAAUUAUCCCUCCUUCCCUGUCAGGUACCUUCUUUCUCCCCAGUCAGCAACAGGGAGUAAUGUUAGUUAUGCUACACUUCAUCAGACACUUCAUCAAGAGAAGGCUCCAGGUCUUAACAGAAGAAAGUAGAGGAGAAGUGGGUUGUCCUUUGUAUGUUAUAGCAGUACCUUGUAUGCCCUCAGAAAUAACAAGAAGAUUUGAGCAAUGAUACUACUUUAUUCUUAAAGUCAGCUGUGUUUCACUAUGGAACGCUGGGCUUUAAGCAUAAGACAUUCAGUUUUGAAGUAGUUGAUACACAAUAUUGCUUACUCAAAAAUUGUCAAAAUGUUAGCCAUUCUGUGAUGGCAUAUUGAGUAUUUGGAGAUAGUACCUGUGGCAUCAGUGUGUAGCACGAUCACUGCAGCUGAGGGCAGUGUAAAAUCUAACUUUGGAGUCUCCAAUAGCUUUAAGUUUAUUCUGAAAAAGUGAAAACUGUAUUUUUUUCUGAAGCUCAGUUGCAUGCAAAAGGCAAAUUUUAAAAUUCUGUUCCAUAGUUCGGAUGUACUAAAGUUUCUUGGAAAAAUUAGGCAAAGUUAGUGUGGACAAAAUGUAUUUUCCCUGUUCUUGCUCUCUUAAGUGGCUAAAACACUUCACUGAAAUUUUUCAAAAACAUUAAAAAAUAAUAGCAAAUAUUUAAAUUUGGCAAAGCUAUACACAAUUGAAUUGAAGACCACAUUUUUCAGUGGCAAGCAUAAAUUUAAGUAGCUGCUUGUUGCAGGUUCCUAUUCUAAACACUAGGAAAGUGCAUAAUUUGCAUUUUUCCUGUUUCAGACCCAUUUUGUUUCACUAUUUGAAAAUCGGCUAGCAUAGUUCUUCAGACACUGGAAUUUGAUUUCUUUUCUAAAUUAAAUCACAGCCCUUUAAAUGUAUGGAAAAAACACAUGUUUGGAUUACAGAAAUGUGAACAGGAUGUUAGCAUAGCCUAAAAUUCUGGAUAGAUACCACUAUCCAUGCUAUUGCACUGUGCCCAUAUCCACAGUCUCUUCAAGGAACAACACAGGACAGACACUUCCCAAAUGCUAAUGUGUGAAAGAAGUUCUUAAUUUCAACAUUACACUUUUAACAAAGUAUGUUAGCUACCUCAGUAGAUGACUGCAGUAGGCAUUUGCCAAUGAGAUUUCAAAAUUACUCAAUUUGUGUUAGUUCUUUGGAAGUUUGGAGUCUGACAAGUUUGAGAUAUAUUACUGAGGAACCUUCAGCAUCUCCAUCUUGCACAGAUCAUAAACGAUGUUAAAAUAUCAAUUCUGGGGCUGAGGGGGUGAUCAGAUUUUAGGAGACUCUUUACAGAUUUACUGGCUUGUUAUGUAUAGUUUUGAUCUGAUUCUUAUUUACGCUUAUUUAUUUUUAUUAUCAAUAGCACCGAAGAACCCUGGUUAGGGAUUGCGAGCCCACAGACAGCUUAAGACAAGAUACAGCAGAGGAUAGAGAAAAAUCCUAGGAAACAGUGGGACAACUUAAUAGUUUUCAGUGAACUUAUAGCCUAUUCAUUAUUGAGGGGUUUAUUUGAUUUGUUGGGAUACCCUAGGUAUCUUGACAAAAGGCUGGGGGGGGAGGGGGAAGGAAGGGUUUGUAUCAUGUGUUAGGGAAAUCUGGUGUACAUUUGCAUCUCUUUCUUUAAUAUUUUGUUUAAAGGUGUACUGUCUUCAGUGUAACAGCACACAACUGCCAUUAAAAAAAAUCAGUUACAUUGUACCUGUUAAAUUUAAGAAGCUCACUUUUAUUUUAGACACAAAAUGACAAACCGUAGUUAGUAAUAUUCAUUUAUACAAAUCGAACCUUUCUUGGUAUUUAAAGAAAUCUUCUUUUUCAUUUAAUUUUCAUUUCCAUGUGCCUUUGUGCUUUAGUUAUAGCCAGCUGCUAGAAAGCUGACAUACUGCCAAAGAGCAUAUUUUUGUAUUAUUUCUGGCCUACACAGAUUUAGGAAAUACCAGCAGUUGCACUAAGUCUGCUCUCAUGAGAGAGCUAGCACAAGUUUGCAAAUCGAAGAGCUUAUAAUAAGAAACUAAACAUUUGUUUGUUUAUUCAAACUACUAAAACUUCAGAGAGUUACUCAUCGCAGAGCUGGGUACAUACUGUUAAAUCUGAAUCUCCUCCUCCUUUCUGAUGGAAAGCCUGGACAAUUUGCACACCAUCUUAAACAAAGUAAUUGGAGAAGAUUACUCUGUAGCUGCCUUUACUGUCUGUGAAGAGGAACAAUUUCAGCUCCUUCUCUCCUUAAAAGCAUCCACAUUAUUUAGUUGAAAAUCUGCAACUGCGUUUAACAAAGGCAUUUGCAGCCGUUGUGGUAUUACCUAAGCAUAAGAUGUUAUAAAUAAUGGUCCUUCAUUGAAAACCCUAAUCCCUUCAAAAGUGUUGAAAUGUAAAGUAUAGUAUGGUAUCUAGUGCUUGCUUGUAUCUCAAGUACUUUCUUGAUAUCAGCUGCAUAUAUUUUUUUUAUGUAUGUUUAAUCAGCUUUAUCAUCCUUCUUUUACUAGACAUUUAAAUUGUAUGUGGGUUUGAUCUGAGAUUAUUGAUAUUCUGUAUUGUGGGAUUUUUUAAUGUUAUACCAUUCCUUCACGUUUCAAUUUGUAAAAUACAAGAAUAUAAUUGCAAGGUAUAAACUUUCACUAAAUUAUAUUACAAAGGUGCUUUAAGAAAAAUAUGUAAAUUAUUUAAUUUAAAUACUUAUGUUUCAUACUUUAUCUUGUGAACCCUUUUGUAUAGUGAGGAAAGAUUUAUAGGUAAGGAUGAUGGGCCUGGAGUUGAAGACAAACUACUAUUUAUUCCUUUGUGGUCUUUAUUUCUGUAUCAUUUGUGAAGAAGUUUCACAAAUUCUGCAAUUUAUUAGUAUUUGGUAUUGACAAUUGUAACCAAAUUUUCAAAUAAUUUUCACCUAAAACAUAGACUUGCUUUUAUUUCAUUUUAAUAAAAGUAAGUCUAGGUUAGAAAGAGCUGUAAUUAUAAAAUAUUUAGAGUUGUUAUUAAGGUUUUAGCUCAAGUUCACCAAUACAAAAGGUAGAUUAUAGAAUAAAGUUCAUCUUCGCUUUACAGCAGAGUACUUCCUUUUACUUAAAAGUCUGAAAAGAAAGCUAAGAAGAGCUAGCUUCUAUUAGUACUUCAUAUGCAGUUAUUUUCUGAGAAAUUGAUUUAUGGCUUACUAGAAAUAAAAAUGUGUAUACAUAAUUAUUUCCUGCUACUUGCAGUGAGGUUGAUCUAUAGUUUUUAUAGAUGUAUUUUAAAGUAUGUAAUUUGGCAGUGCAAAACAAAAUAUACAUAACUUUUAAGUUCCUUUUUUUUCCUGUAGGAGUUCUCCCGUUAUGAUUUUUAAGUAUAGAUGAAUUCAGAAUCUGUCCAUAGGGAUUCUGUGACCUGUGAUUCAGGUGUGACUAUCUGUGCAUACAACAUCCUUGCUAAUGCGUCCUGAUACAGAAGCAAAGUGAAUUACGUUUUUAAGGUAUAUGCUGUAUUCAUAACAUAGCAUCUAGUACAAGCCCAGCAUAUUACAAAUGUUCCAGCAAUGAUUUAUAUUUAUUGCAAUUGAUUUGUAAUAGAUGAAAUUGUACUUUCCAAAAUUGCUACAACUCAAAAAUUUCAUUUGAUCAGUUGUCAUCAUAUAGAUAUGCUGCAUUGGUAAAGUAUCAGUUUUCUAUUAAGAUAAUUUUAUCAAAUUUAUAAAAGCUAUACUGGACUUUCUUAUGGUAACUUACAUCUUCUUUUCUGAAUUUCAUAGGCAACAGUGAAAAAACUGUAAAAGGUGCCAUCAGAUAUGUCACUUUGUACUGUAAAUAUGUGAUACAAAUUCAUUGUUAACAAAACCCAUCCCAGGGCAAGGGUGUCUGCUCUUUUGUUUUCCCUAAUAUGCUUACUGGCUUACUGUUGCUGGAUUUUUUUUCUCAAUGUUUUCCAGCUUCUAAGGCUGUUUUGUCUUGAACUCCUUAACCUUUAUUGUGUUACUCUAUCUUGUCAGAUUCCACUGCAGGGAAAUAUGUUUCAGCACAGAAUUCCUACUGCAAGGACCUAAAUUUCAGAUGAGUUCUGUUGCCCAGAGGGGCAGGCUACAUGCACAAAAGAGAUUAUUAAACUGAUUGCAGGUUGGGCCUUAAAAAAGGGCUGCAAGAUCCGGCAUAAGGUACUUAAAGUCACUUUAAGUAUUUUGGUGUAUUUUCUCAGGUUGGAUAUGCAUGUACAGGAAUCUCUAUUGUGGAAAAGAUGCCAGCCUUAUGAUCAAUGCAAAAAAUUAUGUGGCAUUCUUUAUACUUGAAAGGAAUAUUGGUGGUAUGGGAAAAUACUGACCAGCCAAAAUAUUGGCAUCAUGCAAAUAUUAUGCUCUACUCCACAGCAUAGGAGUGCAGUAUAAACAUUCAAAAUUUGUGAUGUGCAACAGGAACUGUAGGAAGAUUACUGUAGCAAAAUUGCUGGAUGAUUCAUCUGCAAAUAACAAUGCAGAGUGCAGUUCAAAUCCAGACUUUAUUACCUCUGGCACAUUCACGUAGCAUAGGUAAAUUUUGCCACAUGGUAGUUUAGGGUUGCCUUCACAGAGACACAGUGCCUUUGCCCCCGUUAGCACUGCAGCACACUUCAGAGCUGUUCGUGAGGCUGUGUGCGCAUUCGGGUGUGUAUCUACCUGUGCUCACCAGCAGCUCCAUUCGGCAGACUCAAUUGCCGAGCAGAUUGCUAUUGUUCAUCUGCCGGUGUCUUGGCCUGUGGAUAACGGGAGAAAUCCCCUGCUGAUGAAAUCAUUCAUCCUGCUCCCCUGAGGAAAUGAAGGCCAUGGGGUGGGUGGUAUGUGAAGCCAUGCCUCCAUCUCUGUAUCCACAAAUACUUUGCUCUGCUUUCAGAAGUGGGAAGAACAUUAAUCGCUUUAGUUAUUUCUUUAGUAAUAACAAAGCUAAUCAAAGUGCUAGUAUUACUGAUUUUUAACAAGAUCCUGUUAGUGUUUGACAAAGUCUGUUUUACCAGCUUUUCAGAUGGCCAACAUUUCAUGUUGUUCCUGCUGUUUUACAGCUUUUACAAACAAUUGGUCUGAAUUUUCUUUAGGAGUGUUAUACAGCAUUUUAAUUACAUCAUGAUGUUGAAACCCUUUAUCAUGUCUUAAAAUGUCCGUUAUCUGCUGUAACAUAAAAAAAAAAAAAAGCACAUUUUUGUUAGUGUUGCCAAACUCUAAUCAUCUAUGGAGCUAGCAAGUGUUUAAUUACAUCAAAAUAACAAUAUUAAAGAGAAGAAACAGAUGAUUUUUUCCAGUCACUUAAAUUUUUUUUAUGCUGUUUCUUGGGUGCCUUUUACUAUAUUAAAUAUCAAACUUGUGAGGAGCAGACAUUUCUUACAGGGAGUAGUCAAACCUAAUUCUCAUGGAAUGCUUGUUUUGCAGUAAAAUACCACUAAUUCAGGCUACGUUCCCACGUUUCUUUCAGUCAGAACAAUACAAAUGAUAUUUUCAAGAAAGAAUGGAAGUUCUGGUCUCACAAGGAUUUAUAGGAAAGUCUCUUGCACUUAUAAAUGUAAAAAUUAUAUAUUGCUAAAUAUGAUGGUGAAGUCUCAAAUGUUGCCAGUCUACUGAUCUAGAAUGAAAAUGAACUUGAUUUUUUUUUUUUUUUUUUUUUACAUUCUGAAUUUUCUUCCUCUCCUUUAAAAAUAAGAGGUAGAAUUCAUAGUUUGUAUACAGACUGGUAGGAAUCUAUGUGCUUAAAAAGAAGUCAUCCUGUAAGAACGAAUGUAAAGACAGUUAAUUUUAAAUAUGGUUUUGCCUUAAUGGUUUAAAAAAUAAAUAUUUUUAAAAGCAA